CUGCGCGAGAGGACUCCUUGAAGGGGACAGAAACAAGCCGAUGAAGCGGUGCACACACUGACACGAUGGAUUUCAAUCUCAAAAAGCUUACUUCUGAUGCAGGAGUCUUCUUCACCCGUGCAGUCCAGGUAUUUAGGAAAUGUGUUAUUAGAAAUACCAUGAAUAAUUGUUUUUGUCGUGCUCUGACCAAGGUGCGUAGGCUGUAAUGAUCUUAUUCCGAGGCGGAUUGUAAUGGGUCGUCCUUCCAAUAUAACGCUGCAAACACCAAACAGAAACGGUUACCUAAAACGUAUUUAUGAAUAGGAAAUGUUGUUCGUUUAGGUUUUUCUCACCGUUAACGUCAUUGUAAACUGAUAAUUCUGGUUAAACCCUUCUCCAUUAUUUAUGGCUGUUCUCGACCGUAGCGCGGAGGGGUGCAUGUGACGGUCACAAGGAUACGGGGCGGCGACUCCUCUAAUCGCUACUGUACACUCACUGUAGGCUACUGUCAGAGAAUCCUAGGGCUAGGCUGCUAGACCUGUCUGCUAUAGAUUUCUAUGUAUUUGGUUGUCAUUGCUUGUCAUUUCAGUCCUCACUGAAAAAAGGCAACAUAUUUUUGUAUUAUUCUGUAUUGAGUGGCGUCUAAUAAUGGUGUGUGUAGCAGCCUAUGUCUCAUUCCUCAGUCAUUGGUCCUAUUCUAAUCAUAGGAUUGACCUGUUUCCCUGUCAGGCGGCAGGUACAGUAAUUUAGCGAUUAGAGAGGCGAGCCAGCAGCCGGAGGGUUGCCAUUUCGAAUCCCGGGACCGACGGGAAAAAUCUGUUGGGAAGUGAGCUGGCAACCAGAGGGUUGCUGCUAUCAUCCUAGAUGCCAUUGCCUGCAAUUGUGCCGUUGAGCAAGGCACUUAACCCCCCCACAACAAUAGCCCCCCUCUCCAAAACCUGUAUGAAUGUGUAUGUGUAUAUACAGUGGAUUCGGAAAGUAUUCAGAUCCUUUCCCUUUUUCCACAUUUUGUUAUGUCACAGCCUUAUUAUAAAAUUGAUGAAAUCGUUUUUCCCCCUCAAUAAUCUACACACCAUACCCCAUAAUGACAAAACAAAAACACGUUUUUAGAAAAAUUUGCAAAUGUAUUAAAAAUUAAACACAGAAAUAUCUUAUUUACAUAAGUAUUCAGACCCUUUGCUAUGAGACUCGAAAUUGAGCUCAGGUGCAUCCUGUUUCCAUUAAUCAUCCUUGAGAUGUUGGAGUCUUGAUUAGAGUCCACCUGUGAUAAAUUCAAUUGAUUGGACAUGAUUUGGAAAGGCACACACCUGUCUAUAUAAAGUCCCACAGUUGACAGUGCAUGUCAGAGCAAAAACCAAGUCAUGAGGUCAAAGGAAUUGUCCGUAGAGCUCUGAGACAGGAUUGUGUCGAGGCACAGAUCAGGGGAAGGGUGCCAAAAAAUGUCUGCAGCAUUGAAGGUCCCCAAGAACACCGUGGCCUCCAUCAUUCUUAAAUGGAAGAAGUUUGGAACCACCAAUACUCUUCCUAGAGCUGGCCACCCGGCCAAACUGAGCAAUCGGGGGAGAAGGGCCUUGGUCAGGGAGGUGACCAGGAACCCAAUGGUUACUCUGACAAAGCCAGAAUGGUAGUGUCACAUGACAGCCCGCUUGGAGUUUGCCAAAAGGCACCUAAAGGACUCUCAGACCAUGAGAAACAAGAUUCUCUGGUCUGAUGAAACCAAGAUUGAAUUCUUUGGCCUGAAUGCCAAGCGUCACGUCUGUAGGAAACAUGGCACCGUUCCUACGGUGAAGCAUGGUGGUGGCAGCAUCAUGCUGUGGGGAUGUUUUUCAACGGCAGGCAGACUAGUCAGGAUCGAUGGAAAGAUGAACAGAGCAAAGUACAGAGAGAUCCUUGAUGAAAACCUGCUCCAGAGUGCUCAGGACCUCAGACUGGGGCGAAGGUUCACCUUCCAACAGGAAAACGCCCCUAAGCACACAGCCAAGACCACGCAGGAGUGGCUUCAGGAAAAGUCUCUGAAUGUCCUUGAGUGGCCCAGCCAGAGCCCGGACUUGAACCCGAUCGAACAUCUCUGGAGAGACCUGAAAAUAGCGGUGCAGCGACGCUCCCCAUCCAACCUGAUAGAGCUUGAGAGGAUCUGCAGAGAAGAAUGGGAGAAACUCCCCAAAAACAGGUGUGCCAAGCUUGUAGCGUCAUACCCAAGAAGACUGGAGGCUGUAAUCGCUGCCAAAGGUGCUUCAACAAAGUACUGAGUAAACGGUCUGAAUACUUACAUAAAUGUGAUAUUUUAAUUGUAUUUUUAUACAUUUGCAAAAAAAUCUAAAAACCUGUUUUUGCUUUGUCAUUAUGGGGUAUUGUGUGUAGAUUGGUGAGGAAAAGCAACAGCUGUAACAGAAUGUGGGAAAAAGUAAAGGGGUCUGAAUACUUUCCGAAUGCACUCUAUAUAUAUAUAUAUAUAUAUAUAUAUAUAUAUAUAUAUACACACACACACACAGUGUGCAAACAAUUUAAGGAUACUUGCUCUUUCCAUGACAUAGCUUUCACCUGGUCAGUCUAUGAUCCCUUAUUGAUGUCACUUGUUAAAUCCAGUCCAAUCAGUGUAGCUGAAGGGGAGGAGACAGUUUUUUGAGGUUUGAGCAUUUUUCACGCUCAACAGUUUCCCAUGCGAAUCAAGAAUGGUCCACCACCCAAAGGACAUCCAGCCAGCUUGAUAACUGUGGGAAUAACAUGGGCCAGCAUCCCUGUGGAAUGCUUUCAACACCUUACCUUGUAGAGUCCAUGCCCUGGUUCUUCCUUUACAAUGGUAAUCACUGAAGCAUUUUCCUGUGUUCGGAUGGUUUGGAUUUGGGUUAGCAGUAACAGUCAUUGUAACAGCCCUUUUUAUACCAUGUCCAGUUCCUAUCUUCACAUGCCAUAAAUCCCCCUGUGAGAAAUAAACCUAUUAUUUUUCAACUUACCACACCACUGCAUAGAAAGGAAGUCUGAUGUAGUCCUACUGUGCUGUGAGACUAGCGCAGUGGCUGAUAUUGUCAGCACAUUAGAGGGGAUGUGGUUGCAGUACUUUUUAGGAGUAAAUACGGUAUAUAUUUCAAUGUACUGCGUACAAAAUAUAUUUCUAAACUACUGAAAUGGGUUGGGUGUUAUAUUCACUCCAGAUAAGGUGGUAUUUCAAGCAAAGAUACAUUUAUUAAAGCCUUAUUAUAGGCUUCUCCUUCUCCAUUUUGCAGUGGAGCAGAAGUGGAAGUCCUCAGGCGAUUGGUUAAUCAUGAGUGAUAAUGAGGGCGCUCAAGACGUCUUGUGAUGCCAGAUGCACUCCCAGUGUGGCUGCUGUACAAUUACAUAGCAGUCACUCCGGGAGCUUCUGCACUCUGCCAUCCUCACCGUUCUCUGUCUGUCCUCACCGUUCUCUGUCUAUCCUCACCGUUCUCUGUCUAUCCUCACCGUUCUCUGUCUGUCCUCACCGUUCUCUGUCUGUCCUCACCGUUCUCUGUCUGUCCUCACCGUUCUCUGUCUAUCCUCACCGUUCUCUCUGUCCUCACCGUUCUCUGUCUGUCCUCACCGUUCUCUGUCUAUCCUCACCGUUCUCUGUCUGUCCUCACCGUUCUCUGUCUGUCCUCACCGUUCUCUGUCUAUCCUCACCGUUCUCUGUCUGUCCUCACCGUUCUCUGUCUGUCCUCACCGUUCUCUGUCUGUCCUCACCGUUCUCUGUCUGUCCUCACCGUUCUCUGUCUGUCCUCACCGUUCUCUGUCUGUCUGUUCUGCUCCUCCCUCCACCUACACAGACACGACGUGGCGGUUGAGCUUAGGUUAGUUUUGUAGAUUAGCUUUGUGUUGUAGUACGAGAGGUUAGGCUUAGAGGGCCUCAGCAGCCACAAGCUGCUCAAAAUGGGCCAUUCACUGAAACAUUUCAUAGCCAGACACAACCGAUUCUGCUGGUCACAAUUUGCCCAGCUGCCACUGACUUACAGAACAAUGUUGUGUUUUGCCAAUCAUAUAACGUAUGCUGUCUUAGCCUACAUUAUUUAGGUGUAUGUUUUGUCAGUAAAUAUUAUUUAUUCCUUUUGUCUCCAAGUUCACAGAAGAGAAGUUGGGCUCUGCGGAGAAGACUGAGCUCGAUGCCCACUUGGAGAAUCUGAUUGCCCGGGCCGACUGCACCAAGAACUGGACUGAGAAGAUCUUCAGGCAAACCGAGGUCUUGUUGCAGCCCAAUCCAAGUAAGACCCAGUCCUAUAGCAACCUAUAGCUGGGUCCCAGACCUGUUUGUGCUGUCCUGCCAACUCCCAUGGUCAUUGCCAAUGCCAAACAAGGCAGCACAAACAGAUCUGGGACCAGGCUGAAAGGAGCCUUCAUGGUGAUGCCAUUCUGUUUGUGUUUUGGGUUGUGAGUGCUAGCUAGCGUUUUUCUCUGGCUGUGUUUUGCCUACAUGCAUAUGUCCAAAUAAGUACUAUUGAAGUAUACAGUACAUUGUGGCAUUGGUCCCUUUGAGAGAAAGAAACCUAGUAUGUUAGAAAACUCUAACCGUUGACUUUCUGACCCUCCAUGCUACAGUUGACCACACUGGUAAGUCUGUCUCCGCUCUCAGUAUGUAGUAAUAGCAGUAGCAGUAUCUGCAGUGUGCUUGAGGCUUCCCACCCCCAUAAGACUUCCUAUGGGGGUUAGUUGGAACAUGUGGGAUGAUUUCAUUUUGGACCUAAACCCUUAACAUACUGCACCCCCUCAGUGAUCACAGAUCUGAAGGAGCUGGAUAGGUGAAUGCAAUAUGUUAUGUGCUCUACUUUAUCAUAUUGUUUACAACCUUUGCUUAGUCCUUUCACAUCUUUGAACUGUGAAGAGGAAGGGGCUAGGUGCUGAAAUGGGACUAGGCCCUUGUACUCCCAUGAUUGCCCAUGAUGGCUGGUGAUAGAUGGCUAAUAGCUCCAAUUGGUCCUUCUAUCUCUGCUAAAUUUCACUCUGUAAGGGACUUUCAUUCUUAAGGUGACUUUCCAUGCAAGGCCAAGUCCAAGGCCUGUUUGGUUGCUCUGACUUGAGAAAUGCAUACACAAGGGAAACUUAAGUGUAAAUAGUGUCAUUGAUGUCAAAUUCAAUUGAGGUGUUGCACGAAAGUUAGUUGAAGAGUAAUCUCUCGUGGACAGAUUAAAUGGGAAGUUACAACUUUCGCUAGAAUUUUACUUCUGGGUAACCGAGAUUAGUUGAGACUUAUGUGUGCAAAUCUCAAAUCAGAUUUGGGACUGUAAUGAUUUAGGCAAGGUAAACUGGGGUAGGAAGGGCUAAUUGUGUUGAGUGCAGAGGAGGGGGGUCCCAAAUGGCACCCUAUUUCCAACAAAGUGCACUACUUUUUACCAGAGUCCUACAAUAUACACUGAGUGUACAAAACAUUAGGAACAUCUUCCUAAUAUUGAGUUGCACCCCCUUUUGCCCUCAGAACAGCCUCAAUUCGUUGGGGCAUGGACUCUACAAGGUGUCAAGCGUUCCACAGGGAUGCUGGCCCAUGUUGACUCCAAUGCUUACUACUGUUGUGUCAAGUUGGCUGGAUUCUUGAAACACGCAUGAAAAAAGAAGCCUUUGUUUAUCUGCUACAUUUUCGGUGUAGAAAGCUGGAUAGGUUCCAGAGAGAACUGCCACCCCCUCCAUUUCACUCCCAUACUGCGCCAUUGUUUUGUGGCUUCUUCUGUAGUGCAUUGAUCAAUAUUGCCUUUCACUUUCCAACAACAAGCAGUAUAACAUUGUAGAUAGGAAUUGUGAACUGUCAAGUCUUGUUAUUCAUUGUCUGUCUAUAUGUACGCUACUACAUUCAUCUUUAUAUAAUUAAUUAUAUUUUGUAUAAUCAAUAACUCGUCCAUUUUGGAAUUUGUAUUGCUCAGUAGAGAGUUGUUUUGGUGUGGUUUUAAAACUCAUCGCUUUGAAAAUGGAAGAGACAUUUAGAUCAUUUCAUUGCACCUGAAGGGCUUUUCUCCAGUGAUGAAUUAUGUAGGCUAAUUAAUGAAUGCCUCUGUUGAAAGGGCACAGACAAAGGCUGAGAAGACAGGUGAUUCAUGUUUUUCGAGGGUGGUUGGGGUGGGGGGGGGGGGGUUACAUCAUUGUAUUACUUGUGUUUAUUUGUACCUUGAAAUUGGUUGUUUUUCCAAGCAUCUUUUUUUUAUUUAUUGGGUUUUUGGCACAAAGGAGAAGAGCUACAUUUACUGAUUGCGGUACCCAAUUGCUGUCUGGGGUGAACUAUCUUUUUCUUUACUUUUACACAGGUGCGCGUAUAGAGGAGUUCUUCUAUGAGAAGUUAGAUAAGAAGAUCCCAUCCAGGACAACCAAUGGAGAGCUGCUGGGACAGUAUAUGCUGGACGCUGCUAAAGACUUUGGCCCAGGGACCCCAUAUGGUAGGUGGAACUAGUGGAGGUGUGGGUCUUUUGCUGUUUUGUCACUUGCGGCUGUCAAACGUGCGUUCACAAACACUCAUCAAAAGGUGCCGUAACACUAUUCUGCUAUUUGUUCUGCAACACCCUCUUGUUUUUGAAAGUCAUUAUUCCUGAACCUUAGUAAUCAUUGAAAUCUACAUAAUGUAUUGAUGCCAAAGUGUCUGGGCGGGCUGGCAAUGCUGCCCACACUGUACCAGGUGCUCAGCUGUCUGUGUGUGGUUGGCACAGAAACAAACAACAUGCCAUCAGCCUCCAUCAGCUGCCCAGGCCUCCAUUUUAUUAAGAACAUAAUGGCCGCGUUCCAGGCCGACUAUAUUGCAGUCACCUGCCAGAUCUCACAAUGCCUGAAUAGGUGUUUAGUAUAUCAGAUAUCUUCAUACAUGACAUAGCAAUCUGAUGCCCAACUGCAAUGUAUGAUGUAGACCACGGCCAAAAUGACUCAAGCUGUCCAAAUGGGGAUGCCCAAGUCUAUUAGGAAAUAGGAAUGUGUUCAACCUGAACACGAUACGAGCAUUCUUGAAGUGAAGUGGAAUCUCUUAAUGUUUCUCUUUCUAGGCACAUUUUUCUGGGAUUUUCUCUCAAUAAUCUAAGUAAUGGUUGGACACAUUGUACUGUAUGUUAGAGCAGGGUUUCUUAAACUCUGCUCUAGGCAUGUGUGAGGAGGACGCGAGUUAUGAGAAUAAUUCUAUAAUCACACACUAUUUCUUCUUAAUUUGGGUCUUUGGAGGAGGAUUUCGGUCACGGAAGGACACUAAUUUAGUCAUUUGGCUCUUUAGCUGAAAAGGUUUAAGAACCGCUGACAUAGGGUAACAUUGACCACAAUGCUCUAAGUGGGCCAGUGUAUCGAUGAUGAUCUUUGGGUGCUGUAGCCCAGGAGUAAUCCAACCUGAAUGAAAACGAUAGCCAACACUCGCCAGUUAUGAUAAACACUCCAAGAAAUGCAGCUUGUGACUGUUUUGUCUCCCAUAGACUGUGAUCCAGUGUGAUAAUGGAUAGUUGUGUCUAGGCCAAGGGCAGACCCUUAUCUUAGACAGAGUUAUAGCUCUGAUGCUGGCUUUGAUUACCUAGGAAGCUGGCGGGAUGCCCACUCCUCUCACAACCAAUCUGACCCUUCACACAGUGGUUUGAUGAUACCAUACCUCACAAUUUAGCAGCUUGGCUUGGAACGCUGUGUGUGUGUACAUAUGCGUGUGUGUGUGUGCACUAUUGCCACAGUGUCCCUAGAAAUUCCCUUCAGCGGCAGUUUCUUACUGAAAAUCCCCAGUCUCUCAAAUGGAUUAUAUGUCAGUCUAUCUAUCCAUCCAUCCAUCCUUUAUAGUGGCAGUAAAGUGUGGUUAAUGCAGUGAAGCGUGGAGAGAUGCUGAGUUGUGGGGGAGGGUUGAUAUAAUGCAUGGCUAUAAUGAUUUAUGCUUAUACCAUUUAUAUGUUUAUACCAUGUUUAUACCGUUGUUGAAUACUUGUUUCUGAUUGGCUUGAAGAGCAUUCUAGAGCGUGCAUUAUUUCCCUAUAACGUACGGUAUAUCAGCACGGUAGAAUUCAAUGGCUAUAGUUCAUUCUUACAUGUUCUAUGUUUGUGCUGAUUUUGAAAGCAAAAGUCGAAUUGAAAACAUUAUUGGCAUUGUUGAAUUGGAUUACUGUACUGGAAGGUUUUUUCACUGGGAGUGGAGGGGACGGAGUCUCUGGCUCCCUCUCGCUCUCUCCUCCCUCCACUGGGUCAAUGACUGGGCAGUUCUGAUCUGAUGAGUGGGCUCAGUUCCAUUCUAACUCCCUGUUAAUUCAGGAAACUGAAUGAAUGUCAUGGAAUUAAAUGUACUGGUCCGGUAUGUCCAUUCGUCUCCUGAAUGGACUGGAAUUAUGUCCACUGUAAUCAACCUAAUCAUCCACUUAUGUAAUCAACCUAAUCAUCCAAGUGUGUGUGUAACAGGCAGUACCCUGAUCACGGUGGGGGAGUACCAGAGGAGACUGGGAGGGGCGGAGCGGGAGUUCCUCCAGACCUCGGCCAUCAACUUCCUCACUCCUCUCCGCAACUUCCUGGAGGGAGACUGGAGAACCAUAUCUGUGAGUAUACUGUGAAAUCCCAAAUCAACUCCUAGCCCCUUAUCCCUAGCCCCUACCCCUAAGGCACUUCAACCUGAAGGGGGUAGAUAAGUGUAAGUGUUCAGAGGUAAGAACCUACCUUAGCCUACAGUGGUUGCGCCCCCGCGUAAAGCUAAUUAACAUAAUAAAAAAAUCCCCAUCAAAAUCCUUCUGUUUAAGCUAGAAAUAUCUGUUUUUUUGUCUUCUCACAAAAUCAUAUGUAGCUUCCAAACGGUUUGGCCUCCGUUUUGCUCUAGGACGCCCACACGCCUCACAAGACUCGUCUGAAGUCGGUACAGCCUCCGAACGGUUUGGGCUACACACUAAUAUGACCCCUGUGGAAAGCUGAGACUCUCAAUGGUGUUCUACGUUUUGCUCUAGGAUGCUCACAAGACUCAUCUGAAGGUCCCCGGUACCAGUUUUAAAAAUGAAUGGAAGUAUACAGUGCAUUCGGAAAGUAUUCAGACCCCUUUUUCCACAUUUUGUUACGUUACAGCCUUAUUCUAAAAUUGAUUAAAUAAAUAAAAAAUCCUCAUCAAUCUACACAAUAAUUGUUCUGAAGUGUCUGUCCUAUAUCUGAGAGAGAUAAGAAAGAUCAGGAAACAAUUAUUUUAUUAUUGUAUUUAUCCCCUUAUUUUAGGCACUAAACUAUCUCCAUAUACAGUGCAUUUGGAAAGUAUUCUGACCUUGGAAAGUAUUUUGACUUUUUCCACAUUUUGUUAUGUUACAGCCUUAUUCUAAAAUGGAUUAAAUCGUUUUUUCCCCUCAAUCUACACACAAUACCCCAUAAUUACAAAAAAAAUACUGAAAUAUCACAUUUACGUAAGUAUUCAGACCCUUUACUCAGUACUUUGUUGAAGAACCUUUGGCAGCGAUUACAGCCUUGAGUCUUCUUGAGUACGACGGUACAAGCUUGGCACACCUGUAUUUGGGGAGUUUCUCCCAUUCUUCUCUGCAGAUCUUCUCAGCUAUUUUCAGGUCUCUCCAGAGAUGUUCGAUCGGGUUCAAGUCCGGGCUCUGGCUGGGCCACUCAAGGACAUUCAGAGACUUGUCCGGAAGCCACUCCUGCGUGGUCUUGGCUGUGUGCUUAGGGUCGUUUUCCUGUUGGAAGGUGAACCUUCGCCCCAAUCUGAGGUCCUGAGCACUCUGGAGCAGGUUUUCAUCAAGGAUCUCUCUGUACUUUGCUCCGUUCAUCUUUCCGUCGAUCCUGACUACUCUCCCAGUCCCUGCCGCUGAAAAACAUCCCCACAGCAUGAUGCUGCCACCACCAUGCUUCACCGUAGGAAUGGUGCCAUGUUUCCUCCAGACGUGACGCUUGGCAUUCAGGCCAAAGAAUUCAAUCUUGGUUUCAUCAGACCAGAGAAUCUUGUUUCUCAUGGUCUGAGAGUCCUUUAGGUGCCUUUUGGCAAACUCCAAGCGGGCUGUCAUGUGCCUUUUACUGAGGAGUGGCUUCCGUCUGGACACUCUACCAUUCUGGCUUUGUCAGAGUAACCAUUGGGUUCUUGGUCACCUCCCUGACCAAGGCCCUUCUCCUCCGAUUGCUCAGUUUGGCCAGGCGGCCAGCUCUAUGAAUAGUUUUGGUGGUUCCAAACUUCUUCCAUUUAAGAAUGAUGGAGGCCACUGUGUUCUUGGGGACCUUCAAUGCUGCAGACAUUUUUUGGCACCCUUCCCCAGAUCUGUGCCUCGACACAAUCCUGUCUCGGAGCUCUACGGACAAUUCCUUUGACCUCAUGACUUGGUUUUUGCUCUGACAUGCACUGUCAACUGUGGGACCUUAUAAAGACAGGUGUGUGCCUUUCCAAAUCAUGUCCAAUCAAUUGAAUUUAUCACAGGUGGACUCUAAUCAAGACUCCAACAUCUCAAGGAUGAUCAAUGGAAACAGGAUGCACCUGAGCUCAAUUUUGAGUCUCAUAGCAAAGGGUCUGAAGACUUAUGUAAAUAAGUUAUUUUUGUUUUUUAUUUGUAAUACAUUUGCAAACAUUUCUAAAAACCUGUUUUCGCUUUGUCAUUUUGGGGUGUUGUGUGUAGAUUGAGGAACAUUUUGAAUUUAAUCCAUUUUAGAAUAAGGCUUUAACGUAACAAAGUGGAAAAAGGGAAGGGGUCUGAAUACUUUCCGAAUGCACUGUAUAUGUUGUGCCACUGGCCUGAGAUGAUUGAAGUUCAACAUUUAGCCUAGUAGGCUCACAUUAACUAACGUUAGCUAGCUAGCUAACUUACCUGGUUCAUUGUUGCCCAUACGAGGAAGUUAGGCUAGCAACCAUUUUAGCUAGGGAGCCUAUGAAAACUAAACUAAAAGUGUACUGCAUGACAGGGCCAUAGACUAUUUUGCCAACAUGAAAGAGAGGAGGAUGGAAUUGGCGUUCAACUAGUCUACAACUAGUCUCUAAAACAACGUUGGAGGUGGAUUAUGGUAGAGAAAUGAACAUUCAAUUCUCUGGCAAAAGCUCUGGUGGACAUUCCUGCAGUCAGCAUGCCAAUUGCAUGCUCCCUCAACUUGAGACACCUGUUUCAUUGUGUUGUGUGACAAAACUGCAAUUUUUAGAGUGCCAUUUUAUUGUCCCCCAGCACAAGGUGCGUCUGUGUAAUGAUCAUGCUGUUCAACCACAUAUGUCAGGUCGAUGGAUUAUCUUGGCAAAAGAGAAACACAUUUGUGCACUGCAUUUGAGAGAAAUAAGCUUUUUGUGCAUAUGGAACAUUUCUGGGAUCUUUUAUUUCAGCUCAUGAAGCAUGGGACCAACACUUUACAUGUUGCAUUUAUAUUUUUGUUCAGUGUAAAUCAGUAGCUGUUUAGUAAACUGUCAAACAUUAACUUGCUUGACCACGCUGCAGGUCAUAUAACUAUUUGCUUUGUGAUGAUACAAACGUAUGUGUAGUUGAAUGUAUUCCGCCGCUGUGUGACUGUCUUUUUGUUGUCACGGCCUUAUUGUAUAUCACGGUGGCAUAUGAACGAAUAGGUUAUAGAGCAAAUAACGCAAUUAUCACACCAUAGGUUGUAAUAUGUUUUUUUACUGGCUUGGCUUCCUCAGUGAUUUUGUCCACGCACCGCUACUGCGGAUGGAGCCAUCCAAUUGGUACCUUUUGGGUGGCUCAAACCGUUGUAAUGUUGUCAAGGAGUGCGGUCACGUGCUGAGUUCGAGCCAGGCAUGAGUCGGGGGGUGGUACUCGCUAAGCAAGCAACAUGACGUCCGUAAUAUAAGCAACCCAGCAAUUUCAGAGGGCAAAGUGGAGCUGUUUACCAAGUGGAUACAAGUGGCUCUGGGUUAGCACAGAGGAGAAGUAGUGGUGGUCUGGUUUUGUAUCACUCACUUCCUCUUUGUCUUCCUCCCCGGUGCAGAAAGAGAGACGUCUCCUGGAGAACCGGCGGUUGGACCUGGACAUCUGUAAAGCACGUGUCAAGAAAGCCAAGCAGGCCGAGGCUAAAGCGGCGGUGAGUCUUCCUCCUCAGACGCCCCUCCCCUUAUGACUGGUGUUCCCAGUUUGAUUGAUUUCAGGCCUGACAUGGGACAUACAAUUCCUGAUAUACAAUUCUAGAGUUGAUGAAAAUGAUUUUAGUCCUCUUGGCUCUGUUUAUUUCCCGGUCUAUCCAUUGACUGUAUUACUUGGGGGGUUGCUUUGCCUCAAAAUAAGGCGAUUGUAAAGCAGUUUAGUUAUUCAACCAAUACUACCUCCAAUCACUGAAUGCUUUUGAUUUGGUUGUUCUACCACAGAUACGCUGGUCUAUGAGUGGAGAAUGAACACAACACAGUUUAACUCACAUAAUAUGAGCUCACUGCUUGUCCUUCCCCCAAGCUUUCUCAAAUGUGCUGUCAUAGUAGAUCAACUCCAACUGGGACAUCAACAUAAAUCAAUAGACCAUUAAACCAGCUACACCAAUAGAAAUGGCCAUAGGGGUGGGCAGGGAUGGAGCGUGGCGGAUUGUCAUCAAUGUCUAGGGGUCUACCUUUGACUCACCUUCUCUGCAAAUUUUACAUGGGGCAUGGCAAUUGUCUCUCCCAAACUAGAAUCCCCCUUUGCCCUCCAACCUCUCUCAUUCCCUUCAGUUUUGCAGGUGGAGAGCAACAGUACCCUCUGCUGACUAACUUUGGACUAACAUGUUUCUCUGUUAUCAUUUGCGCAGUGUGAGGGAGAUGUAAGUAUUGACGAGAGUGUUGUAUUUUCAGCGAAUCUCGCUUGCCUCUUUUCUCCCAUUUUAUUUUUGUAAUUGAGUGCUGUUCGGGGCAUCCUCCCUCUCUUUCAGACCAUCCAUGCACCACAAUAUACUGUAUAGCCCCAAAGAGAAGUUGAAUGGAUUUGUUUCAGUAAUGAUGCCUAGAGAUGGUCAUAUAUGAAAGGCGGAAAAUAAAAAAUUAAAUCAGUUGACUUCACCAAACAAAAUACUUUGGAUGGUACACUGGCGCAACAAAGUUGAUGAUGUGGAACUGAGACUGGACAUUUUUAGACUGUUGUUGUUUUAAGUGGCCUCAGUGUUUCUCCAAGGUCCACCCGCCUCAUCCUCUGGGGCCAUUGAAGCUGAUUCAGGGGCCUCUGGACCCUUUGAAACAAUACUCCAUUGUCCCAUCAGUUGGAAAACCCUACUCAUUCCCACACUCUCACAUCCUGAAGACUGAUGGGAGUGAUGGGCAGUAUCCAGCCAGUCUGCUGUCCAUUCCACAGGUUCAAUGGUCAGGUUUGAACAGAAGACAAUGCAAAACUAAAAAUGUCUGCCAGCAGUAUAAUGAUACCUGAAAAUUGAACCUGGCUUUGAAAACGUGCAUGGCACUUGAUGCAAAUAAAUAUUUGUGUAAGCUCUUCGAAUCCGUUCAUGCCUCAUCGUGUGGAGGUAGUAUUUAAUCCUCAUCACUGGCGCUGCGUGACAAAAGAGAAGUUACUCAUGCCAUCCACAAGGCCUCUAAUUUCUCUUAACAUCAUAAAACAAAAAUAGGCUGCGCACCGCACUGCUACUUGCACUGCACAGUCCUGGGCCUAUAUCCACAAAGUGCCUCAGAGUAGGAGUGCUGAUCUAGGAUCAGGUCCCCACCUGUCCAUAUAAUAUUAUUCAUGAUGAUCUAAAAGACUAAACUGAUCCUAGAUCAGCACUCCUACUCUGAGGCACUUUGUGGAUAUGGGCCCUGAGCUGAGGCCUUCUGUAUGUGAGAACGCUCAUGCCCUCGAGUGUCUGCUACUGUCAGAGCCAGGUCUGUAGAACUCUGGGAGCAGCUGUAUGUAGCCAUAAUUAGCUUAGCAUGCUAAGGCAGCUUCUGUGUGUAUGGAGGACAUGUUGGAGCCCCGUCUUCCAUGAACUGCAGCUUUGCUUCUCCAUCCCAGACUCCUGUGGGAACUGACCAUUUGCUUUAUUUGUUUGUGAUCUUGUUUUCUUCUUCUAAUUUCUUCUCCCUUUCUAGCUUAUUUUCAUUCUUCUUCUUCCUCAGUGUGCUGUUUGUUGGAGCUGCUUGUGUUGAUGCGAUGCAUGACUGUAUGACUUUGUUACCCCCCUCCUCCUCUGCCUGUAGGCCGAGCCCGAUUUUCAGGAGACUAGGCCUCGAAAUUAUGUUCUGUCUGCGAGCGCAUCUGCGGUAAGACGCCCACAGACAAAGGAGACUCAUGCUGAGAGAUGCAUAAACACAAAAACACACAGGCUAUACUCCAUAGAAUAUGUACAAUGGCACGCACACACACACAAAAAUACACAGCAUUAGAUGCACAAAUUCUGGUUUAUUUUAGUCUUUCAACACAAGUUUAGUGCACUUCAUGGCCUACGUCACAGGUUAGCUUUUAUUGAAUAUAUCCAGUCUUUGUGGAUAACAAUUUGGGUGAGACUGUUAGGAAGAGACAGACAGAGGGAGACAGAGAGUAAACUAUCCUCAAACUAAUUCUCUAUCAGAUACAGAGGUACCAUAAUCUGGAAUUCUUAUCUUCACAUUGCCAAAACCUCAUCAUCCCUCAAUAACUUCAAGCGUAGACUGGGGGUCAGCCUGAUGAACCAAACGACUCAGUAAUCUCCUCCAUAUAGCCCAACUCUCACACACUCACAUUUAAACAAGACAUAUACUGUUUAUUAUUUUUGGUGAUUGCUGAGCAGUUCAUUUUUCCAUUUAUGAUUAGUAGGUUUUGUUAUCUGUUUUAACAAACUUUUUAAUUUUUUACUUAUGUAUUGUAUGUUGUCUUUUUGUGGUGUGGUUUUUCUAUAAGCCCUUGGGCUUCCAAACUGCACACUGAUUUUGAUUUAUUUGGUUUUAUAUUUAUUGUUGUCUAUCACUUAUUUUCUUUGAUGCAAAUAAAUUAAACCUUAAAAUUAAACCUAAAAACAGCAAAGCAGUGGUGGCUGGGAUAGUUGGGAUCUGGAAGAUUCCAAAGAGUCUGCAAAUGUGAUGGAUCAGAGGAAGGUAUAUAUACGUUUAUACUGUUUAGAGCAUAUCUCAACAAUACUAGACGGGAUACAAUCCCCCCCCCCCCCCCCCCCCACUGCUAGAAGAAAUGGUGCUAUAUAGAACCAAAAAGUGUUCCAUGGCUUGCUUCAUACAGAUCAGUGUGGUUCAGUCGGUAGAGCUUGGCACUUGCAACACCAAGGGUGUUGGGUUUUAUCCCCGCUGGAGCCACCCAUACAUAAAAUGUAUGCACGCAUGACUGUAAGUCGCUUUGGAUGAAAGCGUCUGCUAAAUGGCUUAUAUUAUUAUAUAUAGCUAUAUAGAACUGCUAUGAAGCACCUUUUAUUUUCAGCAGUGUAGUUACUAGCUCAAUGGUACUGUGGUAUUGUAGGGUGUUACUUGCCCCAUUGCCUGCACUCUUGAGGCCCUUAGCGGGUGUGUAUGUAUUGUAGAGCCCCCCUACCCUCCCUCUCCCAACAUGAUGGACGAAAUAGACCCCCAUCACCUCAACGCUCUGAUGGAAUCCAGACAAACUUAAGCAUCUGAAUUUCCUGACAACGGUCUUGAUUAAUUAGUUCAAUCAUGGAGAGGCCUAACUGAAUGAACAAUAGACUGAAUGCAAAUACGAAGGUUUAUUAAAUUAGAAUUGGGGGAUGGCCUCGUCUCUGAGGGAUGACGCCCGGAGCCAGAUAGCCCUUUGGUGGACAGCUGGCCAGGAGAUUGCAGGGGUUAGGAUCUCCUAUCUACCUCAUUUUUGCCACCAUGCAGCUAGCCAAACAAAAAGGGUCCGACAUACCACUUUGAUACAUCUGUUUUGCUCCUGAUGUUGUCACUGUCUUUGUUAUCGCUACUGGUUAGGUAACUCUGUCACAUUCGUCAGUCUGUUUUUGGAGGAGAAGGGUUUGUUCGUGGUAGUCGUGUUUAUGAUGAAUGCCAGCGAUGAAGACGUGCCUGGCCAUUCUCUUUUCAGUCCAACACGUUGGACUAUAUUAUUUGUUUUUGUCAGUUGUUGUGUCACAGGGUUGUGCGUUUGUCUUAGUCUAUAAUGCGAGAUUCUGUUGUUGUAAUUGUCAAACAGAUGGUUGUGUAUAGUAGGCCGUUGUUGUUGUUGAAAAAGCUGAAGAUUUGAAUCCUCUUCGUGACCAAAACACUGUGUGUGUUCACAUCCUCCCCCAUGUUUGCCCUUAUUGAGGUGUUCUUGUGUUUCUCCUUCGAGAAUCAAUUCCUCAGCUGCUUAGAAGUCCGGGGGCAUGUUUCCCUUCGAAAUAUAAUCUAAUAGAUUCUAUUUCUAUGAUGUUUCCCAUCAGUUUGGCUGAACCUCCCAGGGCUUUGUCAUGCCGUCUGUGUACUGUCCACCCAAACUACGUGUCCCCCUGUCAUUUUAAUUCUGCUAGUCCCACAGAAAUGUCAUUUGGCUAUACUUAUCGUAUAGUAGAGGUGUAAUAAAUACCCUGUAACAGGGCUAUUACAGUUAAGUACAUGCAGUUAUAGAAUAGCAAGUUACUAUUGCCUGUGUCUAGUGUGAACUGCUUCCCUACAUUUAAAAGUGACUCUUGACUCACGUCACAUACGUAACAGUCCUUUCAACAAAAUAAUCAUGUUUGUAAUCUUUGGCUUCUCCCAGACAGUGAAUGUAAAAUAUUUUUUGGCGAUUCUUCAAUGGCAAGACAUGGCUACAUGGGGCUAGACUAUUAUUGUAUGGAGGGGGGGGGGGGGAUUCUUCCCAGCUUACUACAUGGCCUAGACUAUUUAUUGUUAUGGAGGGGGGGGGGGGGGGGAUUCUUCCCAGCUACUACAUUGGCUAGACUAUUAUUGUAUAUGGAGGGGGGGGGGGGGGGGAUUCUUCCCAGCUAACCUACAUGGCUAGACUAUUAGUGUAUGGAGUGGGGGGGGGGAAUCUUCCCAGCUGACUACAUGGCUAGAACUAUUAUUGUUAUCGAGGGGGGGGGGUGGGAUUCAUUCCACAGCUAAACUACAUGGACUAGACUAUUUAUUGUUAUGGAGUGGGGGGGGGGGGGGGGAUUCUUCCCAGCUUACUACAUGGCUAGACUAUUAUUGUUAUGGAGGGGGGGGGGGGGGGACGGGGGGGGGGGGGGGGUGAUUCUUCCCAGCUUACUACAUGGACUAGACCUUAUCUGUUAUGGAGGGGGGGGGGGGGGAUUUUUCCCAGUUACGACAUGGCUAGACUAUUAUUGUUUAUGGGGGGGGGGGGGGGGGGGGAUUCUACCAGCUUAUUACAUGGCUAGACUAUUAUUGUUAUGGAGGGGGGGGGGGGAUUCUUCCAGAUUACUACAUGGCUCGACGAUUUUGUUGGAGGGGGGGGGGGGGGGAUUCUUCCCAGCUUACUACUAUGGCUAGACCUAUUAUUGUUAUGGAGGGGGGGGGGGGGGGGGGGGGUGGGGGGGGGGGGAUUUAUUCCAGCUUACUACAUGGACUAGACUAUUAUGUUAUGGAGGGGGGGGGGGGGUGGGGAGGAGUCUCCCAAGAUUACUACAUGACUAGACUAUAUUGUACUGGAGGGUGGGGGGGGGGGGGGGGGGAUUCUUCCCAGCUACUACAUGCUAGACUAUUAUGGGUAUGGGGGGGGGGGGGGGGGGAUUCUUCCCAGCUUACGACAUGCUAGACUAUUAUUGUUAUGGAGGGGGGGGGGGGGGGGGGGGGGGGAUUCUUCCCAGCUUACUACAUGGCUAGACUAUUAUUGUUAUGGAGGGGGGGGGGGGGGGGGGGGAUUCUUCCCAGCUUACUACAUGUUUAGACUAUUAUUGUUAUGGAGGGGGGGGGGGGGGGGGGGUUCUUCCCAGCUUACUACAUGGCUAGACUAUUAUUGUUAUGGAGGGGGGGGGGGGGGGAUUCUUCCCAGCUUACUACAUGGCUAGACUAUUAUUGUUAUGGGGGGGGGGGGGGGGGGGGGGGGGGAUUCUUCCCAGCUUACUACAUGUUUAGACUAUUAUUGUUAUGGAGGGGGGGGGGGGGGGGGAUUCUUCCCAGCUUACUACAUGUUUAGACUAUUAUUGUUAUGGAGGGGGGGGGGGGGGGGGGGUUCUUCCCAGCUUACUACAUGGCUAGACUAUUAUUGUUAUGGAGGGGGGGGGGGGGGGGGAUUCUUCCCAGCUUACUACAUGUUUAGACUAUUAUUGUUAUGGAGGGGGGGGGGGGGGGGGGUUCUUCCCAGCUUACUACAUGGCUAGACUAUUAUUGUUAUGGAGGGGGGGGGGGGGGGGAUUCUUCCCAGCUUACUACAUGACUAGACUAUUAUUGUUAUGGAGGGGGGGUUCUUCCCAGCUUACUACAUGGCUAGACUAUUAUUGUUAUGGAGGGGGGGGGGGGGGGGAUUCUUCCCAGCUAACUACAUGACUAGACUAUUAUUGUUAUGGAGGGGGGGGGGGGGAUUCUUCCCAGCUUACUACAUGUUUAGACUAUUAUUGUUAUGGAGGGGGGGGGGGGGGGGGGGGGGGGGGGGGGAUUCUUCCCAGCUAACUACAUGACUAGACUAUUAUUGUUAUGGAGGGGGGGGGGGGGGGAUUCUUCCCAGCUUACUACAUGGCUAGACUAUUAUUGUUAUGGCUGGGGGGGGGGGGGGGGGAUUCUUCCCAGCUUACUACAUGGCUAGACUAUUAUUGUUAUGGAGGGGGGGGGGGGGGGGAUUCUUCCCAGCUUACUACAUGGCUAGACUAUUAUUGUUAUGGAGGGGGGGGGGGGGAUUCUUCCCAGUUUACUACAUGGCUAGACUAUUAUUGUUAUGGAGGGGGGGGGGGGGGGGAUUCUUCCCAGCUUACUACAUGGCUAGACUUUUAUCAGAACACUGAGUCAAAAAGGGAAUGGGGCCGUUGUCUCGGAGACGGACUCAUGAGACUGCUCUGGGGAGGAAGUCAUGAUGUGGAUGUAGAACCCCACAAGGUCUGUUGUGUGCUGUCAUCAUUGUUGGUCUGAGAAUUUCUCUUGUCUCCUUUCUUGUUGUCAUGCUGCUUAUUCCAGCUGUGGAGUGAGGAAGUGGACAAAGUAAGUAUCACUUAGUAAGAUUGGUGUUCAACAACACAGCCUAAAACGUAUGGAGUGAUUUUAUUUUAAAUUUUUGGCACUAUUGUCACUCCAUACUUAAGGUUGGACUGCUUUUGGUGUGUGUGCAAGCAGGUAGGUAUGUGUGUCCAUGUUUGUCUGUCUGUACAGUUCUAUACAGUGACCUCCAAAAGUAUUGGGACAGUGACACAUUUGUUGUUGUUUUGGCUCUGUACUCCAGCGCUUUAGAUUUGAAGUGAUACAAUGACUAUCAGGGUUAGUGCAGAGUGUCAGCUUUAAUUUGAGGGUAUUUUCAUCCAUAUUGGUUUAAAUUAAUGGUAAAUAAUGUAUUGUCAUUUGAGUCACUUUUAUUAUGAAUACAAUAGUGUUUAGAAACAUAUUCUAUUUUUAUUUACAAUAAAAGUGACUCCAAAAUGAUAUCUACCAUUUAAUUAAUAUUGGGCACAAAAUACUCUGAAACACAACUAAAACAAACAUAAAUGCAUCCAACAAAUGUGUAGAGUCACAAGCUUAAUGUAAUCAUUGCGUGAAUAUGGGACCAAAUACAAAAAGUGCUGUAAUUUCUAAACGGUUCACCCGAUAUGGAUGGAAAUACCCUCAAAUUAAAGCUGGAGUAAAGAGCAAACAAAUAAACCAAUGUCAUUGUCCCAAUACUUUUGGAGCUCACUGUACAUGCAUGUGUGCAUAUACACUGAGUGUACAAAACAUUAAGGACACCUGCUCUUUCCAUGUCAUAGACUGACCAGGUGAAUCCAGUUGAAAGCUAUGAUCCCUUAUUGAUGUCACUUGUUAAAUCCACUUCAGUCAGUGUAGAUGAAGGGGAGGAGACAGGUUAAAGAAGGAUUUUUAAGCCUUGAGACAAUUGAGACAUGGAUUGUGUAUGUGUGCCAUUCAGAGGGUGAAUGGGCAAGACAAAAUAUGUAAGUGCCUUUUGAACGGGGAAUGGUAGUAGGUGGCAGGUGCACCGGUUUGUAUCAAGAACUGCAACGCUGCUGGGUUUUUCACGCUCAACAGUUUCCCAUGUGUAUCAAGAAUGGGCCACCACCCAAUGAACAUCAAGCCAAUUUGACACAACUGUGGGAAGCAUUGGAGUCAACAUGGGCCAUCAUCCCUGUGGAACGCUUUCGACACCUUGUAGAGUCCAUGCCCCAACGAAUUGAGGCUGUUCUGAGGGCAAAAGGGGGUGCAACUCAAUAUUAGGAAGGUGUUCCUAAUGUUUUGUACACUCAGUGUAUACUGUAGGAAUCUGAUCAAAAGUAGUGCACUUUGUAGGAAAUAGGGUGCCAUUUGGGACCCUCAUCCUCUGCACUAAACACAAUUAGCCCUUCCUACCCCAGUUUACCUUGCCUAAAUCAUUACAGUCCCAAAUUUGAUUUGAGAUUUGUACACAUAAAUCUCUUCAACUAAUCUCAGUUACCCAGAAGUAACAUUCUUGCAAAAGUUGUCACUUCCCGUAUAAUCUGCCCACGAGAGAUUACUCAACUAACUUUCGUGCAACACCUCAAUUGAAUUUGACAUCAAUUACACUAUUUAUGCUUAGAGAGGGGGGGUGCAACUCAAUAUUAGGAAUGUGUCCUUAAUGUUUUGUACACUCAGUGUAUGUGGGUGUUCAUUGAGGCUGUCAUGUGGUCUCUCCCUUCUUCUCCUAUAGGCGGAGCAGGAGCUGCGUGUGGCUCAGACGGAGUUUGACAGACAGGCCGAGGUCACACGGCUGCUACUGGAGGGCAUCAGCAGUACACAUGUGAGUCCAGAGACACCACACACACACACUAGUCACGGAAAGCCCAGACCUAGGGAAACAGCACUAGGUCUGGGGAGGAUGCUGGAUUCUCUUGGGCAUUUCGAAAGGGGGAAGAAAAAUUGUUCUGGAGAGGGUCCUCUUUAGACAGACAAUUCUCCCAACAAAUUACGAGUUUGGGUAGGUGGGCCAAACCUGAAAAAUCGAACCCUUUUCGUAGCCUUUAGGUAGAAUUGCCAGAAUGUAGGUUCUCCCGAGUGGCGCAGCGGUCUAAGGCACUGCAUCGCAGUGCUAGAGGCGUCACUACAGACCCGGGUUCGAUCCCAGGCUGUGUCGCUGCCGGCCGUGACCGGGAGACCCACGAGGCGGUGCACAAUUGGCCCAGCGUCAUCUGGGUUAGGGGAGGGUUUGGCCGGCCGAGAUGUCCUUGUCCCAUCGCGCUCUAUGACUCCUUGAGGCGGGCCGGGCGCAUGCACGCUGACUCGUGUUGCCAGUUGUACGCUGUUUCCUCCGACACAUUGGUGCUGCUGGCUUCCGGGUUAAGUGAGUAGUGUGUCAAGAAGCAGUGCGGCUUGGCAGGGUCGUGUUUCGGAGGACGCAUGGCUCUCGACCUUCGCCUCUCCCGAAUCUGUACGGGAGUUCGUAGUUGCAGCGAUGGGACAAGACUGUAACUACCAAUUGGAUAUCAAGAAAUUGGGGAGAAAAAGGGGUAAAAAAAUAGAAAAUGAAUGUCACGAAUCGAAACCAAAGAUUGCAGGCUAAACCUUUUCAGUGGUUUUAGUGAAGGAAGAUGAUGCCAAUAGCCACUUGCGAAAUGCACUCAUUAAAAAUAACCUCUGCGUUCUCCAUCAUGCUAGCUAGCUACUACUUGGUGUCCAGUGGAGAUGCUUACUCUAGCCUAGGGCAACAAGUGGAUAAAGUGGGGAUGUCACAGGAUAAGACCCAUACUGUCUGUCCCAACUAAUGCAGCUACAGAUGUGUUUUCUGGAACAUUGGUACAUUGUUGGAGGCAACCCAUCUGCCUAGAGAGACCACACACUAACUACUGUAACAGACCUGUUUCCUUUCAUAUACUUUAGGUGGGCUCGAUUUAGUUUGCCUGGCGUGCUGUGUGGGCGGGAGUUCCGCAUUUGGAAUUUCCAGUAGUUGCAUUUUGGUGAAUAAUGGACGGAGUCAGGCGCAGGAGUAAAAUCACGAAAUGCAGAGUUUAUUCCUUACAGCAGUUGAAUGCGCUAACAGCGCCACUCGAAACAGGUACAGGGGAAAACAAUCCAACCUGACCAAACACAGUCUCGGAAAAUAUAACAACCGUAAUGACAAAGGGGAAAAUCAACCCUGGCACAAAAUACAUGAGCAAGAAUCUCAACGAGCUACUGUCUUCCCACAAUACACAAUUACAAGGGGACAGAGGAAACACUUAUACCCAUACUAAUUAGGGGAAUGAGCACCAGGUGUGUGUGAUUGACAAGACAAGACAUGACAAGUGGAGUGAUGAGAAUGGGAGCGGCAGUAGCUAGUAAGCCGGUGACGACGAACGCCGAAACCUGCCCGAACAAGGAGGGGAGGCAGCCUCGGCGGAAGUCGUGACAUGCAUUGGGCAAGCUAAAGUAUUUGCUUGAGGUGUAGAACUUUCAUUGGGGCCAUGGUGGCACUUCCAUUACAUGACAUUCUAAUUAUAUUUCAUUGAACACUCUGUAAAAUGUGUUGAGGAAAAACUAAUUCCAAGGAUCAGGCAGAACUAAUUUACCCGUUUUUCAGAGUUUAUUCAAGCAAUUGUAGGUAAGCUCACCCUCCGGAUGAAACUGCUUACCCCUCAAAGAGGGAGACAAGCUUACAUGAGAGAUAAGGGGUACUUCGCUCUACUCCCUUAAAGCAUUCAAACAGACAAAAGCAGGUUCUAACCAGUUCUCACAGCCUAUGUGUCUAAGAUGGGGGAGUGAUCAGCUCUUUAGAGCCUGAACAGAUAGGAGAAGUAUUCAGCCAAUUUUGCUCCAACAAAUGUAAACUGUAACGUCGUGGUUCAGUAACAAUCAUUGUGAAAACCAUUGAAUGUGUGAAACCAGGCUUCUGGAGGUACAACUUGUUUCUUGUCUUUCACCCUGUCCCCCCCUUUCCCUGGUAGGUAAACCACCUGCGCUGCCUUCAUGAGUUUGUGGAGGCCCAGGCUACAUACUAUGCCCAGUGCCACCAGUACAUGCAGGAGCUGCAGAAAGAACUGAGCAGGUGAGCACUUCACUACGGAGGUACAGUUGGAUUAAUCAUCACCCUUAUUAGUGGGCGGAAGUGGCUUUGUUUACAUACGUGGGAACAUUCUUCAACCUUUCCCUUCUUUUUUCUCUCUGCUGGCAGCGCUAACAGCGAUAUGUAAGUAACUAGUGUUGUUGUUGAUGAUAGUGUUGGGUUUGUAGAGUUGAGUUUGAGUUUAAGAGUGAUUUUAGAAUGGAAUGUGUAAACCCACUCUUUAUAAGUAUUGUGCGUUUUUGUAUAUACAGUGCCUUCAGAAAAUAUUCACACCCUUGACUUUUUCCACAAAUGUGUUGUGUUACAGCCAGAAUUUAAAAUUGAUUAAAUUGAGAUUUUCUGGUCACUGGCCUACAUCCAAUACCCCAUAAUGUCAGUGGAAUUAUAUUUUUACAAAUAAAUAAAAAUGAAAAGCUGAAAUGUCUUGAGUCUGAAUAUUCAACCCCUUUGUUAUGGCAAGCCUAAAUAAGUUCAGGAGUAAAACAUUUACAAAAUAAGUUGCAUGGACUCACUCUGUGUACAAUAAUAGUGUUUAACAUGAUUUUUGAAUGACUACCUCGUCUCCGUACCCCACACAUACAAUUAUCUGUAAGGUCCCUGAGUCGAGCAGUGAAUUUCAAACACCGAUUUAGCCACAAAGACCAGGGAGGUUUUCCAAUGCCUCGCAAUGAAGGGCACCUAUUGGUAGAUGAAAAAAUAAACAGACAUUGAAUAUCCCUUUGAGCAUGGUGAAGUUAUUAAUUACACUUUGGAUGGUGUAUCAAUACACCCAGUCACUACAAAGAUACAGGUGUCCUUCCUAACUCAGUUGCCGGAGAGGAAGUAAACUACUCAGGAAUUUCAUCAUGAGGCCAAUGGUGACUUUAAAACAGUUAGUGUUUAACGACAGUGAUAGGAGAAAACUGAGGAUGGCUCAACAACAUUGUAAUUACUCCACAAUAUUAACCUAAUUGACAGCGGGAAAAGAAGGAACAAAAAUAUUCCAAAACAUGCACCCUGUUUGCAACAAGGCACUAAAGUAAUAAUGCAAAAAAUGUGGCAAAGUAAUUACGUUUUUGUCCUGAAUACAAAGUGUUAUGUUUGGGGCAAAUCCAAUACAACACAUUACCGAGUACCUGUGGCGGUCGGUGCCAUUUAAGAUGAGGGAGGACGAUAAUUUAUUUCAUGAGCAUGGCCUUAUUUCUAUUACAGCAUAUUGGAUGAAGGUCAUUCAUUUUACAUUCACCCAGCUCAAUGUAACAUCGAUAGGUUUAGGCUAUUACAUACAUGAUACAAUAUUUUCCCUAUACCUAAGGCACUGCAUCUCAGUGCUUGAGGCGUCACUACAGACCCCCUGGUUCGAUUCCAGGUUGUAUCACAACCGGCCAUGAUUGGGAGUCAAAUAAGGCGGCGCACAAUUGGCCCAGCGUUGUCCGGGUUUGGCCGGUGUAGGCCGUCAUUGUAAAUAAGAAUUUGUUCUUAACUGACUUGCCUAGUUAAAUAAAGGAAAAAAAAUAAAAAAUGAGGUUGCUACAACCUAGCCUAUGAAUGAAAGUCGAGAUACAUUUUUGUAAUCAAGGUGACAGACAUUGACACAUUCAAUACUGCCUUGCACAAUCUUGCCUGCAUCUAGCUGAUCUAGGUUGUAAUCAUUAGUCCAACAGUUGCAAACGAGAGUUUCUAUUGGAGACAUUCAGGUAUGUUUAUCCCCGUUUCAUUCCGUUUGCUUCCAUUUAAGAAACGUUUUUUAACAGAAUCGGGGGAAUGGAUACACCCAUGAUCACACGCAAACACCGUUCACUUUCAUAGCAGCCACAUACAAACAGCAUUGAUCCCUUUGAUCGUUGGAUAAUUCCUUCUCGCAUAUACGCGCUCUCCUCCUCUCACCUUUUCCAUUCACUUGUGGACUUCAGUGCACAACACAUCAGCUGUCUGUGACCCGGCGAUAAAAUCUUUCCAAGCCAAACUUUCAUAUCAUAACCGCUAACCGCUACACACAGCCUACAUCGUUGUCGCAAUUUUAGCUAGCAUCAAGUCAACAUAGCUACUAGAACUGUUAGUAAACCCACUACAAUCAUGCAGUACAGUGUACUGUUAGCAAGCAGUUUAGCAGUUACACCGGCGGUACCCAGUGGUAAUAAAUUAAUAAAACCAAAAGCUUACCUUGACUGGAAAAGUUCCAGUGUUGGAUAAUCAUAGCCAGCUAGGUAACAUAGCAUCCCUCUCUGUUUGAGUAGGCUAAACUACCUAGCUGCAUUCGCUAAGUAAGUGAAAGUGAAAAAAAUACUUAUAGCUAGCUCUCUUGCUUCUCCUUCUCUUUUGUUCAAAACUGUUCAACUAUUGUCUUUCUCUCUCUCUUUGUGUCAACUACUCACCACAUUUUAUGCAUUGCAGUGCUAGCUAGCUGUAGCUUAUGCUUUCAGUACUAGAUUCAUUCUCUGAUCCUUUGAUUGGGUGGACAUGUCAGUUCAUGCUGCAAGAGCUCUGAUAGGUUGGAGGAUGUCCUCUGGAAGUUGUAAUAAUUAUUGUGUAAGUCUACGGAAGGGAGUGAGAACUACGAGCCUCCUAGGUUUUGUAUUGAAGUCAAUGUACCCAGAGGAGGACGGAAACUAUCUGUCCUCCGGCUACAACAGGGUGCUACCCUACAGAGUGCUGUUGAGGCUACUGUAGACCUUCAUUGCAAAACAGUGUGUUUUAAUCAAUUAUUUGGUGACGUGAAUAUAUUUAGCAUAGUUUUAUCUAAAAUGGAUAACUUUUUUAAAUGUUUCACUAUUUUUAUUUUUAUGAAAUUCACUGAGGAGGAUGGUCCUCCACUUUCUCUAAGGAGGAGCCCACUCCUGAGUACCACUCUCCUUAUUUUCAAGCAUAGUGGUGGCUGCAUCAUGUUAUGGUUAUGCUUGUAAUCGUUAAGGACUGGGGAGUUUUUCAGGAUAAAAAAGAAAUGGAAUGGAGCUAAGCACAGGCAAAAUCCUAGAGGAAAACCUGGUUCAGUCAGCUUUCCACCAGACACUGGGAGAUGAUUAAUUCACCUUUCAGCAGGACAAUAACCUCAAACACAAGGCCAAAUCUACACUGGAGUUGCUUACCAAGAAGACAGUGAAUUUUCCUGAGUGGCCGAGUUACAGUUUCGCCUUGAAUCUACUUGAAAAUCUAUGACAAUACCUGAAAAUGGUUGUCUAGCAACGGUCAACAACCAAUUUGUCAAAGCUUGAAGAAUUGUUUUAAAGAAUAAUGGGCAAAUGUUGCACAAUCCAGGUGUGGAAAGCUCUUAGAGACUUACCCAGAAAGACUCACAGCUGUAAUCGCUGCCCAAGGUGCUUCUACAAAGUAUUUACUCAGGGGGGUGAAUAAUUCAUUUGCAAAAAUAUCAACGAAAAAUGUUCACUUUGCCAUUAUGGGGUAUUGUGUGUAGAUGGGUACAUUUUUUUUAUAUUGAAUCCAUUUAGAAUUCAGGCUGUAACACAACAAAUUGUGGAAUAAGUGAAGGGGUAUGAAUACUUUCUGAAGGUACUGUACAUUGUAAAUAUUUACUUGCUUGUGCCUAGGAGUUUUGGGGGUUUCCUAAAACUAGACUAGUGUUGAGUUUGCGUUUGAGAGUGAGCCCACCAAAAUAUUUUUGUGUAGAAGGUCUAUGCGUGGACACAGUAGUUUGGGCGGUUUCCUUUGAGUUAUAGGAUAGGAAUUAACAACAUUCCCCCUGACCUCUCAAUCUGGUAGGCUAGGUGGAGGUUUUGGCAUAUUGCCUGUGGUUACACGAUGCCUUCAGAUCUAAGUGCAAAGGGCUGUACCACUUAAGUGAGAUGGGGGUGGAUGUGGGAUAGAAUGUUCCUUUAUCACCUUAGCACCCUAAUUUAUCGCUUAUGUCUUCCCCUCUCCCUUAACCCGACCCCAGGUACCCAAACUCUUUUGCCUCGAACGUCAACCCCUCCACCUCCGCCUCCUGCCCCUCCCCCAUCUCCUCUGCCACUCUGCCAGGGGUCUCACCCCCGGGCCUGGCCUCCACCUCCACCCCUGGCAGCGCCCGGGAGCCUUCUGGCCCGCUGAAGAUCCAGGAUGUGCAGCCGCCUUCCACGGGCCACCGCAAGGCCAAGGUCCUGUAUGACUAUGACGCCCACGACACUAGUGAGCUCUCCCUACUGGCUGACGAGGUAGGAGCAGCCAUGGUUCACCACAUCUGCUAUGGGGCACCAUUUGGAACAUGCUGUAUUUUCAAUUCCGUGCCACAAAAUACAAACAUUGCAAUCUUUUGUCUACAAAAUGCCAAAUGGUAUAGGCAUGUUACAAACUGCACCCCAUAAUCUGGGACAUUUAAACAGGCAAUUGUAAGACUCUGUCUCUCUUAGGGCUGACCCAUUUAGUCGACUGGGCAAUUGUUUGGUCGAUAGGCUGUUGGUUGACCGAGAUUUCUUUUAGUCGAGCAGUAGCAAAAAAACAAACGUUUCAUGGUGUACAAGACACCUGUCUGAUUGGCGCCUGUCUGAGUGGACUGAUCCACCGUGGAGGUCGUGGGGAUGGCACAGUCCAUCACUCUAAGACAUGCUACUGAAAUUGUAUGUGGUUAUAUUACAUAAGAACAAUGGUGCAACACUAAUACAAAUUUUAUUAUUUUAUAACAAAUGUGCUUUCUCGCGUGUUGGAUAGUGGUCGCUGUCCGCGGUUCUGAAACACAUCAGUGCACUGUUGAAUUGGCACCUUUUCCUAGACCAUGCUGCUAUGUGCAUAAUAGUAAAGUUAACCAGUAUAUUGGUGUUGAGAACAAUGCGGUGGAGGCAUCAGCAGAAUGAGGAGAUGAGAAAACAGCCCUUGCCUUAUUGUCUAAGAAAAGUGAGGAGAGAGGAAAUCCCAACUUAAUUAAGUCUAUAAUCAGUAGCCUAACUGUUAAAUGUGCCUGGCUUUAUAAAUCAUUCAUAUACAGUACCAGUCAAAAGUGUGGACACACCUACUCAUUCCAGGGUUUUUCUUUAUUUUUACUAUUUUCUACAUUGUAGAAUAAUAGUGAAAACAUCAAAACUAUGAAAUUACACAGUGUUAAACUAUUUCAAAUCUAUUUUAUAUUUGCGAUUCUUCAAAGUAGCCACCCUUUGCCUUGAUGACAGCUUUGCACACUCUUGGCAUUCUCUCAACCAGCUUCAUGAGGUAGUCACCUGGAAUGCAUUUCAAUUAACAGGUGUGCCUUGUUAAAAGUUAAUUUGUGGAAUUUCUUUCCUUAAUGCGUUUAAGCCAAUCAGUUUUGUUGUGACAAGGUAGGGGGGGUAUACAGAAGAUAGCCCUAUUUGGUAAAAGACCAAGUCCAUAUUAUGGCAAGAACAGCUCAAAUAUGCAAAGAGAAACAAAGGUCAGUCAAUCCGGAAAAUGUCAAGAACUUUGAAAGUUUCUUCAACUGCAGUCGCAAAAACCAUCAAGUGCUAUGAUGAAACUGGUUCUCAUGAGGACCGCCACAGCAAAGGAAGACCCAGACUUACCUCUGCUGCAGAGGAUAAGUUCAUUAGAGUUACCAGCCUCAGAAAUUGCAGGCCAAAUAAAUGCUUCACAGAGUUCAAGUAACAGAUACAUCUCAAAAUCAACUGUUCAGAGGAGACUGCGUGAAUCAGGCCUUCAUGGUCGAAUUGCUGCAAAGAAACCAAUACUAAAGAACACCAAUAAGAAGAAAAGACUUGCUUGGGCCAAGAAACACGAGCAAUGAACAUUAGACCGGUGGAAAUCUGUCCUUUGGUCUGGAGUCCAAAUUUGAGAUUUUUGGUUCCAACUGCCAUGUCUUUGUGAGAUGCAGAGUAGGUGAACGGAUGAUCUCUGCAUGUUUAGUUCCCACCGUGAAGCAUGGAGGAGGAGGUGUGAGGGUGCUUUGCUGGUGACACUGUCAGUGAUUUAUUUAGAAUUCAAGGCACACUUAACCAGCAUGGCUACCAUAGCAUUCUGCAGCGAUACGCCAUCCCAUCUGGUUUGGGCUUAGUGGGACUGUCAUUUGUUUUUCAACAGGACAAUGACCCAACACAACUCCAGGCUGUAUAAGGGCUGUUUGACCAAGGAGAGUGAUGGAGUGCUGCAUCAGAUUACCUGGCCUCCACAAUCACCCGACCUCAACCCAAUUGAGAUGGUUUGGGAUGAGUUGGACCGCAGAGUGAAGGCAAAGUAGCCAACAAGUGCUCAGUAUAUGUGGGAACUCCUUCAAGACUGUUGGAAAAGCAUUCCAGGUGAAGCUGGUUGAGAGAAUGCCAAGAGUGUGCAGAGCUGUCAUCAAGGCAAAGGGUGGCUACUUUGAAGAAUCUCAAAUAUAAAAUAUGACAGAAAAACCCUUUGUGUUUCUUGGCCCAAGCCAUCCCGGAGUCGCCUCUUCACUGUUGACGUUGAGACUGGUGUUUUGCGGGUACUAUUUAAUGAAGCUGCCAGUUGAGGACCUGUGAGGCGUCUAUUUCUCAAACUAGACACUCUAAUGUAUUUGUCCUCUUGCUCAGUUGUGCACCGGGGCCUCCCACUCCUCUUUCUAUUCUGGUUAGAGCCAGUUUGCGCUGUUCUGUGAAGGGAGUAGUACACAGCGUUGUACGAGAUCUUCAGUUUCUUGGCAAUUUCUCACAUGGAAUAGCCUUCAUUUCUCAGAACAAGAAUAGGCUGACGAGUUUCAGAAGAAAGUUAUUUGUUUCUGGCCAUUUUGAGCCUGUAAUCGAACCCACAAUUGCUGAUGCUCCAGAUACUCAACUAGUCCCUCUGCAACUGGAUCCUGGAAUUCCUGACGGGCCGCCCCCCAGGUGGUAAGGGUAGGUAACAACACAUCUGCCACGCUGACCAGCAACACGGGGGCCCCUCGGGUGCGUGCUCAGUCCCCUCCUGUACUCCCUGUUCACCCAUGACUGCAUGGCCAGGCACGACUCCAACACCAUCAUUAAGUUUGCCGACGACACAACAGUGGUAGGCCUGAUCACCGACAAUGAUGAGACCGCCUAUAGGGAGGAGGUCAGAGACCUGGCCGUGUGGUGCCAGGACAACAACCUCUCCCUCAACGUGAUCAAGACAAAGGAGAUGAUUGUGGACUACAGGAAAAAAAAAGAGGACUGAGCACGCCCCCAUUCUCAUCGACGGGGCUGUAGUGGAACAGGUUGAAAGCUUCAAGUUCCUUGGUGUCCACAUCACCAACGAACUAUCAUGGUCCAAACACACCAAGACAGUCGUGAAGAGGGCACGACAAAGCCUAUUCCCCCUCAGGAGACUGAAAAGAUUUGGCAUGGGUCCUCAGAUCCUCAAAAAGUUCUACAGCUGCACCAUCGAGAGCAUCCUGACUGGUUGCAUCACCGCCUGGUAUGGCAACUGCUCGGCCUCCGACCGCAAGGCACUACAGAGGGUAGUGCGUACGACCCAGUACAUCACUGGGGCCAAGCUUCCUGCCAUCCAGGACCUCUAUACCAGGCGGUGUCAGAGGAAGGCCCUCAAAAUUGUCAGACUCCAGCCACCCUAGUCAUAGACUGUUCUCUCUGCUACCGCACGGCAAGCGGUACCGGAGCGCCAAGUCUAGGUUCUCAACAGCUUCUACCCCCAAGCCAUAAGACUCCUGAACAGCUAAUCAUGGCUACCCGGACUAUUUGCACCCCCACCCCAUCUUUUUACGCUGCUGCUACUCUGUUAAUUAUUUAUGCAUAGUCACUUUAACAGUACCCACAUGUACAUAUUACCUCAACUACCUCAACUAUGUGGUCCUCUGUAGCUCUCAGCUGGUAGAGCACGGCGCUUGUAACGCCAAGGUAGUGAGUUCGAUCCCCGGGACCACCCAUACACAAAAAAAAAUAUGCACGCAUGACUGUAAGUCUCUUUGGAUAAAAGCGUCUGCUAAAUGGCUUAUUAUUAUUAUUAUUAUUAUUAUUAUUAUUAUUAUUAUUAUUUAACUAGCCGGUGCCCCCGUACAUUAACUCUGCACCGGUACCCCCCUGUAUAUAGCCUCCCUACUGUUAUUUUAUUUUACUUCUGCUCUUUUGUUGUUUUAUUUUACUUUUUUAUUAAGAAAUAAAUGCAUUGUUGGUUAAGGGCUGUAAGUAAGCAUUUCACGGUAAUGUCUACACCUGUUGUAUUCGGCACAUGUGGCAAAUGAAAUUUGUAGACACAACAGUUUUCAGCUGUGCUAACAUAAUUGCAAAAGGGUUUUCUAAUGAUCAAUUAGCCUUUUUUUUAUGAUAAACUUGGAUUAGCAUACACAACGUGCCUUUGGAACACAGGACUGAUGGUUGCUGUUAAUGGGCCUCUGUACGCCUAUGUAGAUAUUCCAUAAAAAAAUCAGCAGUUUCUAGCUACAAAAGCCAUUUACAACAUUAACAUUGUCUACACUGUAUUUCUGAUCAAUUUGAUGUUAUUUUAAUGGACAAAAAAAAUGCAUUUCUUUCGAAAACAACAACAUUUCUAAGUGACCCCAAACUUUUGAACGGCAGGUUCACUGAGUUAGAAAUCUAAAUUUAUGUGUUUUUGUUUUUUGAGUCAAUUAGACCAUUUUCAAGCUUUUCUUUCUUUCUUUUUAUUUUUCAACUGUUUGUCUCCCCAUUUUCGAUCUUGUCUCUUCGCUGCAACUCCCCAACGGGCUCAGGAGGCGAAGAUCGAGUCUUGCGUCCUCCGAAACACGACCCGCCAAACCGCGCUUCUUAACACCCGCCCGCUUAACCCGGAAGCCAGCCGCACCAACGUGUCGGAGGAAACACCGUUCAACUGACGACCGAGGUCAGCCUGCAGGCGCCCGGCCCGCCACAAGGAGUCGCUAGAGCGCGAUGAGUCAAGUAAAGCCCCCCCGGCCAAACCCUCCCCUAACCCGGACGACGCUGGGCCAAUUGUGCGCCGCCUUAUGGGACUCCCGAUCACGGCCGGUUGUGAUACAGCCCAGGAUCGAACCCAGGUCUGUAGUGAUGCCUCUAGCACUGCGAUACAGUGCCUUAGACCGCUGCGCCACUCGGGAGGCCCAGGCUUAUCUUUCUAAAUAAUAAAAAGUUAUUUUGGCAAGUUAGCUGGCUAACUCCUUGAUCCUACUUUGUAUUAUUACCCCUCUGUUUCAGCUCAUCACUGUCUACACAGUGCCAGGCAUGGACCCAGACUGGCUGGUUGGAGAGCGGGGCAACCAGAAGGGCAAGGUGCCCGUCACCUACCUGGAGCUGCUGAGCUAGAUGGACCCACGUAGGGACGCACACGCACGCACGCUCGCACACACACAGACACACACAGACACAUGCACAC